AUGAACUCAAACUGUCGCUCUCUGCCAAAUAAGAUAAUGUACCUACAAUCCCUGAUGUCAACUGAUACGUAUCAUAACACCGCCAUAAUCGCAUUACAAGAAACGUGGUUGCAUGAACUGUAUGAUGACAACCUUAUCUCACUAAAGGACUUUAUUUUAUUUCGUCAAGACCGUCAAUGUUGUAAUAAGAAAAAUGGUGGUGGCGUUGCAACUUUUAUUCACUCCAAAUGGUCUGUCUCAAAUAACGUCUGCUUCACCUUCUCAAAUGACUUCAUUGACUGUAUUACUGUCAAAUGUCGCCCCAAACACCUCCCCAAGUAUAAACAAUUCUAUAUUACAAACAUGUACAUUUCUCCUAGUUGCUCUCCAUCUGAUCUAUCUAAUUUUGCUGAUGAAUUCACCAUGUUUGCUGCUGCCAACUUCGACAACUCUCUAUCCGUUAUUACUGGAGACUUCAACACAUCAGAUUGUUCCUUUCUUGAAGCUCUUGGUCACACAAACAUAGUCAAAUUUCCCACUCGACUUGACAAAACACUCGAUCUCGUUUUUACUAAUGACGAAGGAGUAUAUGAAACACGAAGACGUUCACCGAUACAUAACUCCGAUCACUGCAUUGUCCGCGUUUUGCCAAAAAUAUACAGCAAAACACAUAUUAAAAUCUUCUCACACCUGUCUACGAAAGCACAAGAAAGAUGCUACACAUCUGACAACUUACUCAAUCUAAGAUGCAUGUUAAAAGAUACCAACUGGGAUCUAUUCUAUGAAAGUACAUUAGAUGACUCAAUCACCAAUAUAAUGGAUUAUCUUAAGUUCUGCCUCGACAUAUGCUGUCCCAAACAAACACUGUUCAAACGCCUCGACCGCUUCUCGUCUCCCCGUCUCAAACAACUUCGCAGGCAAAAAGAAAUGUUAUAUAAAUGCAAAGACAAGUUAGGACUUAAAAAGAUUAAUGCUCAAAUCAAAUCUGAAAUCAAAAAUCUUAAUGCUAUCUAUAACCAAACACUUUUAUCAUGCAAAUCUCCUAACAGCAUGUGGAAACUUUUCAAUGAAAUUACUGGCAAAAGUAAGCGAUGUAAUGUUUUUCCCUCUUGUGAUGUUAAUGCUCUUAAUCUGUCUUUUUUACGCUCUCCUUCUACUAUAACCACUUCUAACGUUACCAAUCUUGUAGCUGAUAACUUCCAGGACUUCAAUACUCUCGAUGUUUUGAAAUGUCUUAAAACUCUUAAGCCCUCACAUAGUCUUGGCCCUGAUAGCAUACCUGCAUAUGUUCUAAAACAAUGUGCAGAUGCUUUAUGUUCUCCUCUAACUAAUAUAUUAAAUGCUUCUUUCCGUGAAAACGUUGUACCUGUUCCAUGGAAAGACAUUAAAAUAGUCCCUGUCCCUAAACCUGGAAAUAGCAAGAACGUAAAGUUCAGACCCAUCGCCAUCACUUCCCCGUUUCUAAAGCUCAUGGAAAAACUAGUACUUCUUAAACUCGAACCCUCCCUUAAAAGCUUCGAAGACCCCAAACAAUUUGCCUACAGACAGGGUAGGAGUACUUUAGACGCUGCAGCCGUCUUACACAACAGUAUUAUCUCAUCAUUAGACAAAGGUGCCAAAUAUGUCCGCUGCACGUUUCUUGACUUUACUUCUGCUUUCGACUCUGUACCUAGAAGUCUCUUGCUAAAUAAGCUCUCCAUGACACAAACCGAGUCCUGGGUCACUAACUGGUUGCAUUCCUACUUUUCAAACAGAAUGCAGUACACCGUAUACAAAGGCCAAUCCUCCUCUGCUGUGCUCACUGAAGCUGGUGUCCCCCAAGGUGCUGUACUCUCCCCACUUCUCUUUUCUUUCUUCCUACAUGACCUACCGUCUUCAAAUGACAUUAACUUUGUCAAAUAUGCUGAUGACCUAACUGUAUCUUUACCUGUCAAAUGUCAAAGUGACUGCUCUAAACUAAAUGGCUUCUUAUCGGAAAUUAGCCAAUGGUCCAAGGAAAACGGUCUAACCUUAAACCCCUCCAAAUGCCAAACAGUUAAUUUCACCCUUAGGCAUAAAUCUGACCUAAACAAACUGGUUAGCACUCAUGAGGUGUGCAACAUAGAU